GAAUCUCCCGCUCUGUUCCGCCCGGGGCGGGGGCUCCCGCCAUGACGGCGUCGCCGGCCGCGAUGCGCGUGUUCCUGGAGGUCAGGAGACGGCUGCAGAGCGCGCUGCUGAUCCUGGGAGAGCCCAAAGAAGGAGAUAUGCCCGUGGAUAUUUCUGUAAUGCCAUCCUCACUCCAAAUGAGAACACCUGGAAGCUGCACAGAGCUCUGGUUUCCAGCAGAGGUCAGGCUUGUACCUUCCUCUUGCCGUGGGCUUCAGUAUGUGGCUGGAGAUGGACUUCACCUGCGGCUGCAGACGCAGGCAGAAUUAAGCACAAAACCGCUUUCAUUGUUUACUCAAAGUCCGCAAGUCCAAGAAUGUUGCACAUUUUAUUGCCAGUCCUGUGGUGAAGUCAUAAUAAGGGACAGGAAGCUCCUCAGGGUGCUCCCACUGCCGAGUGAGAACUGGGGAGCUCUCGUUGGAGAAUGGUGUUGUCAUCCUGACCCCUUUGCUAAUAAGCCACUUCAUCCACAAGAGAAUGACUGUUUUACUGGAGACUCUUUCUUCUUGGUGAAUUUAAGAAGCAAUUCAUGGCAGCCAAGACCUGAACUUGGCCGAGUAGGGAUGCAUUGUCUUUCUUCUGAGAACCAUUUUGAGUUGAAACCAAAGACAAAUACCAAAGUAAUUUGUAAGCGUUGCAAGGUAAUGUUGGGAGAGACCAUGUCAUCAGAAACCACCAAGUUAUAUAUGACAGAGAUAAUUAUUCAGCCAUCUGAGAGAAAUUUUCCCAUUCUACCAAGGUCUCAGUUUGUACAGAGCGUUAUUGCCCAGUGUUUGGUGGAACUGUCUUCUGCUAGAAGCACUUUUAGAUUCACUAUUCAAGGUCACGACGGGAAAGCGUACGUCUUGUUAUGGCUUUUAAACUCAGACAGUUUGGUGAUUGAAUCUUUGGGAAAUUCUAAAAGUAUCAAAAAAUUCCCGUUGUUGGAAGAUAUUUUGAAGGAUGAUUCCAGUUCUGCCUGGAACGCCAUCAAAGUCCUGUACCAGCCAUGUAUCAAAAACAGGAACAAAAAGCUUGCCGGUUCGUGGGAAAGUGACAUCAGCAUCCAUUCUCUCACCCUGCCCGCCGCAACCUGCUUGGAGCUGCUGUUGAUAUUAUCAAGGAGUAACGCCAUGCUACCUCCGUCCCUUCGCUAUAUGAAUUCUUUUCAGGGGCGCCAAGAAAUAGGUAGACAGAGGCUUGAGAAUUUUACAGAUGAGGAGCAGCAAGGGGUUUCUGAAGAUGAAAAGGUGAAGUUUCUAUCUCUCCGCCAUUUUUUUCUAUCUGCUUUUGGACAUUUCACCACAUGGCCUUACCUGUCUAUGAUAUGCCAUGUUUUAUACCAUGUUCAUCUUUGGAUAAAUUCUAGCCAAAUGAUACUUUUUAAAGUAUCAUUUUCCCUCACCUAUAAAAAUACAGUGAUUACUUUUACAAUUAAAAAAAUGGGAAAAUACAGAAAAGUAUGAAGAAGAAAUUUAAAAUAACUAGUAUUGACAUUUUUAGAAUAAGUAGUCUCUUUUAUAUAGCUUACACACACACACAUAUUUUAAUAUAACGUUGGCAUCAUUGGAGAUGCUGAGCCUCAGUUACUAGCGGUAUUUUGCUCUUUCUUCUGUUUUCAUCUUUUGGCCUGAAAGCAGACAGUCCUCCCAGGAGACUGUCUAAGGGCCUUGGAGACCCUAUGUAAAAGAGUCUUGUUAUUAGGUGAGAGUGGAUAGGAAAGGAGGCUGGUGAGCCAUUGCAGAUGUCCAAGGGCUGCUGCAGAUGUAAUGAGGAGGCAGAUAGACCUGUGCUGAGUUGGGCAGGGACUGCUAGAAUUUCAGCUCAGCUCUUGUGGUAAUCCAUGUGUGCAUCCCAGAGAACUGAGAAAGGAACAGUGUUGGCACCCUCAGGUCACCAGGAGUGUCAGCCUUCUUUCUUUCCUACUAAUACCUUUGUCCUCCAUAGCAAAGGUAAUCAGGAGUUGAGUGCUACUCAUUAUAUUUAGGGAAUCUUGUCUCAAAGGUAGUGAUUACUGCUCUGGCUAUUUCCAAUCUCUCUCUUUAAAGUGGAUUUCUGCAAAUUGCCUCAGCAAUUUGAGUGUGCAAAAGAUGUUGCCUUCUUCAUUCCUUUUUGCCCUACAGGGCGUUCUGUGGUUUGGGGAAAUAAGCAGGUAUCCUUAGUUUAAUACAAUUUUCUACUCUGAAUUCUUCCAUCUUUUGCCUCCUUUCAUCUUGGCCCUCAUUGUUUUGUCAUACUCUAGAGAAAACGCAGAGGACGGGCUAUAGAGAGCUUAGAGAUUAACCAGAUGUUUAGCCAGCCCACGUUGCUACCCCACUGCGUCUUUCAGGAGGCUGCUAUCUCUGAUCAGACUCCCUACCACAUGCACUGCUUCUCCUCAGACAUUUCUAUGCAUACCAGGAAGAUGAGGUUGCAGGCAAAGCUAGACAAUGUUCAGGCUUUGCAUGGUACUGGGCCUUCACUCUGAGGAGCUGUCACUUAGUAGGGGUGCUUGAUUGGACUGGGGUGCUCUGGCCUUGGGCCUUAUUGAAAGAAGCAGAAAUGAGACAUAACUCAGUAAGUCAAUAAUUAUGUUCCCUGUUUUGUUCUGCUUCAUUUGUUUUCAAUAAGUUAACUUUUUUUUUCUGGUUUUAAAGAAAUCCAUAGUAUAGAAAUUUUGGUGUGUUUUCCAUUAGCAAAACAAUACACAUUAUUUUUACUUUCAGUCUAAAAAUGUAGAGUUGUUAAAUAGCCCAGCUCAGUCCAUCUAUCCUUUAUGGCAUGGUGGAAAGAGAAGGCCUGGUGUCAAGGCCUGGCAGGCUCCUAGCAGCCUUUGCGAUUUGGGGUCACUCCCUGUCUCUUUUCCUCAAUAUCCAUAACUCUGAAAUGGAAUGGGAGGGUUGAGGACAGAUAAGGAUUCAUCUAAUUCUCUGGUUACAUGAUUACUGAUAGUGCCAAUUCUGGUUCUUAAAUGUCAGUUUUCAUGGGAAGCUUGUUUAAAAUUCACAUUCCUGAGUGAGCGCCUGAGAAAUCCUAAUUCAAUCGCUGUGGAGUAGAGCCCAGGAAUCUGCAUUAUAACAAGCAUUCAAAGUGUUUUCGAUAUGUUUUCAAGAAUCAAACUAUGAGAAACACUUACGUGAUAAUAGAAUAUACCCCACUAAAGUGAAAAAUGAAAGGAAAAAAGUCUUUAAUUAUGACAGUCACCUAGUCACUAGCUCAAAUAGCUUAUUUUCCUUUAUUCUUCACUUUUCCUUAUUGUACGUUCCACAGUCCUUGAUUAUUUAUUGAACUGAACCAAAUCAUUAUCAUGAAGCUCAUAUUUUUUCUUUCCUACUUUUUUCUCUUCUAUCAUAAUCUUUCCCUUUUAUACGCAGAUGCUAUGUAACUCAUCUUUCUGCCGUUGGGCCUGAAGACCCAGCAUCCCAGCAUCUCCCAGUCUCUGGGCUUCCUCCUUCCCUCAGGGAUGCAUAGUCUCUCUCCUCACGUCAAAUCAGUUGCUCACCCUGAUGUAGGAGAUUUAAGAUCUAAUCUUACAUCUGCUACAAACUGGUCUUGUGACCUUGGUCUACUCAGGUACCCUCUAUGGGCCCCGCUUAUCUAUACAAUGAGGGAAUUGCGUUAAAUUAUAUAUGUAAGUGUUGUUAAAGUGCCUUUUAAAGUAGAUGCACACAGAGUCAUUUCGUCUGCUCCCAGCUGUUCCUAAUUUAGUCACCCAAGCUGCAUAAUAUAACUUGAUUCCUUAAAAGGACUAUGUUCUUAUUUCUUGUGAACAUCUUGAAAGUGUUUAACUGAAGAAAUGCAUAGAAAAAGCCAGAUUAUGUGGUAUUCUUCGUGCUCUCCAAGAGAAUGGAGUCUGUGCUGCAAGACUUCCCUCACAAGGAAGGGUUAGGAAUGACAGGGUUAGACUGUCUCCUGGCCCUCAGCUCUCCCUGCCUGUGAGCCCAAAGUCAGUCCUUCAUGCAGUUGCAGGCAAAGGGAGAACACUGUCAGGGGGCAGUGUGUUAGACAGGUGGAUGUCAGAAAAAAGAAGAGGAAGAAACUUGGAAUGUUGUUCUCUGAACAGCCCUUGGUUUCCCUGCUUCCCUCUUCUCUUCCCUCCCCCAGGCUUCUUACACCUUUGGUUUCAGUCUUGGUUUUCAACUCUGGAUUCAGCUCUAUAUUGAAACAUUUGUGGUAUAGGAACUUUCCGGUGGUGUUGUGUCUGUAUUUAUCUUAUUGAUAAAUACCUUACUGAUAAGAUAUUUAUUAAAAAAAUAGAAAACUUUCUAAAAUGUGAACCUUUUCCCUUCCUUGUGACUACCUUUUCCCACAUGCUGAAUGUGGCUGUAUUGAGUUGAAUGGUUUCCUCGUGGUUCAUCUUGCUUCCUUGAAAAGGAGGUUAAAGAUAUAUGUCUGUUUUUAUAAACAAAGUCUUUUCAAGACUGAAAUGACUAAACUCUCUUCUGCCACAGAAAAAGGUGCAGUAUUGUUUGCAGGAGCUUUUCUUGGCUAGAAGGGAAGCCAACAGCCUGGGAAGGAUGCCAGCCUUCAGGGGAUGAUGGAUCAGAAGGUGAAACUGCUAAGUUUCAGUUGAGGACCUUUCAUGAGCCCUUCUAGUAAUGACUAAUCACGUCAGCAGAGUGAAAAACUUUAGACAGAAAAGGUGUUGGGGAACUAGGCCAAAGGAAUCGUGAGGAACAAGAGCGAAGUUAUUUUAUUGUCCUUUCAGUUCUCGCUUUUGUAGAGCUGAUGCAUCGUACGUGUGAUGUCAUGAGAGAUGGGUUCUGGUCUUAACUGUUAUGCUUUCUGCAACAGGUGUAACGGAGCACCAGUCACUUACCCUUCUAGAUCUAAGUUUUCUCAUUCCUCCAGCUCUAAAAUUCACCGAUUCCAAGUUUUAGUGGUUGAAGGAUUCACAAAGCUCUGAAAGCUUGUGGAUUUAGUUAGCCUGAAGAAGAAAGGCUUAUCCAGUUGCCCUCCCUGUACAGCCCAGCACACUGCUUUUUUCUGGGUUAGAAGUUGGGAAUGAUGGUUGCAGAGGAGUGACUGUGUUGGAGCAGCAGAAAAAGUAUUUCUGUAAUUUCAACCAAGGGCUUCAUGCGUUAGCUUCAGCAGUUAGCUUUCAAUAAUUUAUGACAGUUUGAUUAAUCUGUAGCAUACAGCGGGGUGACUGGUUUAUUAUCCGAAGGUUUGAUAACAGAACACAGAGUAUAUUGGAGUAAAGAACUAACAUUCAGGUGCUGGCACCUUUUCUUGUCUCUUUAGAGCUGAAUGCAAUUCUUCAUAGAAAAUUACUUUUGUUCAUAGUCCCAAUGUUUUUGCCUCUCUUGCUUGUAGUCUUAAAUUAUUUGUUUCCUUCUCAUUGAACUUCAGCUUGAAAAUAAUUUGUAAUUUUUUCAAAUCACAAAAGCGAUAAGCAUUUGAAGCACUGUCUAUUUGAACUGUCAGCUGCUUUUUAGCAUCAAGUCCCCCGAAUAUGCUAAUGGUUUCAGCAGGAAUCAGAGCACUGAAAAUAUGAGACAUGGUUCUUGGUAUUUUUAUUUUUAAUAAAUGCAUUUAAUCUGUUCACAUUUGUUGUGAUUACUGUAUAAUUGCACUUAUUUCUGCCAUCUUUGUGUGUGUCGGGGGGCACUGAAUGGGGUUUUUUGAAUGCCAUUCUUUGUAUUUUCUUAUUUCUUGCCCUCUAUUGUCUAGAUAGUUUUUUAUCCUUUUUUUCUUUUUUAAAUUUCUCUGCUGGCUUGGAAGCAAUAACUUACAGUUUUCUUCUUUUAGUGGUUUCUCUUAAGUUUUUAGAAUAUAUAAAAUAUAAAGUUUAUCUGCCAUUGCUACAUAUUUGAAGACUUUGAGGCAAGGAAUUUUGGUGUCAUUUUUUACUCUCUCUGACUUAACCAUGGUUUUCACAUCUAUUCAAAGAGAAUAACAACUACUCAUCUUGUCUGUAAAAGCACCUUGUAAAUAGUAAAGGCAAGGUGUGGCCAUUUUUAUAAUUAGUGUAAUUGGUAUCACAUUUUUCCCCUACUCCCUGUCUUUGGAGUCAGAUCUGUUGAAGAUAGGGGGAUAGCAUGUUGGGAAAUGAAACACUAUAUAAUUUAAUGUUUCCACAUUUUUAGUUGUCUGCUACAUGUUGUUAGCAGUUCACGUAACAAAUUGUAGGGUGAUUUUUAGAGGUAAAUGGAUUGUGGCUUUGUUUUUUACUUUUAGAGUUGCAUAAAAUGAAAGGAAAAUGUGUUUAAUGGUAGUUACCGGUAGCUAGCUCAGCCAUUCACUGGAUUUUUCAGUUUCUUAACUCAGUUGUUUUUUUUAAUCCAGUGACAGUAUCCAGGAUGUAACUUGCCAUUUGGUAUUUCAAUACUUUUGUUUUUAUCCAUCUAAACUAAACUUGGUCUGGGUAUAAAAGUUUAUUAAACUUUGUAUUUCAAUUGCUUAUCACUAUUGUUUCAUGAUAUUGAGAGCCUGGGGAGUCUCAGUGUGAAGACGAUGCUUUUUAUCAGUUUUGUAAACCUUUUUUUUUUUAAAAUAAUAUAUUUAUUUUUGUUGUUGUUGAGAAUAUACACAGCAGAACAUAAACCAAUUCAGCAUUAGAAACCAUUUUAUUUAUCCUUCUCUCCUUCCUCCAGAAAAGCAAAAGCAAACUCUGCUUUGUCAGGUGGCCAGACUCAAAGAAAGAGGACAUAGCCUGACUUUGACCCUGGAUACAUAAAAUUAAAGGUUUUUCCCUCUCAUAUACUAUUUCCUCACAUUGCCACAUUUUUGACAACAAAAUGAAAAAUUUGUAUUCUUCUCUUUCUCCAUCCUCUAGUGCAUUCCCUGGAGUCUAACAAUGUUCAAUGCACACUUCUCAGGCAUAGGAAACAGUGGCAGCUAUGUAGUAAUCAGUCUCCCAAACCAAAAACAAUAUGAAACAACUUCCUAACCAUGAGGAUUCUACAAAAAACUACACACUUUGCAUUAUCUAGAGACAGAAUGCCAAGCUGCAAAAUAACUGAAUAAAUAGAAAACAAAACAAAUUCCAGUGCUCAGUUCCUCACAGUUCCACCUACCUCCACCCUGCUACAGAGCUUUGCUAUGAGCAAAGGCAGACCAAGAACAACUGCAGGGAGGACAUAAGGUGCCUGAGGGUGAUUUGGAGCAGCCACCAGAAAAAUUAAAUCCAGCCUAAAUUGUAAAAUGCCGGGAACAUGUCCAAGCCAAUCAAAGCAUAGAGUUCAGGGAAGAGAUUUUAAAGUGCAUGUGAUUUAAAGGGCCAGACACUAUAUAGGGCCAGGUGCACAUUUCAAGUGACAGGAUUUAAAGGGGUAAGUAUGAUUUAAAAGGAUAGGCACCAGUUAAUGUGGCAGUCUUCCAAAAUAGAGGAGAAAAAAGCAAAAGACAAGUAUUUUUUAGAAAUUGAUAAAGAAGAUGAUAAAAGGGAAAAUUUAGAGUCCUGUAAGACAAAAGAGGGAGCGGUGGUGGCACAGUGGUUAAGAACUUGGCUGCGAACCAGAAGAUCAGCAGUUCAAAUCUACCAGCUGCUCCCUGGAAAUACUAUGGGGCGGUUCUGCUCUCUCCUAUAGGGUUGCUAUGAGUCAAAAUUGACUCGAUGGCAAUGGGUUUUUGUUUUUGUUUUUUGUUUUAAGACAAAAGAGUAUUACAAAAUAGAAGACUCACAACUCCUCUCCCACCAAACAACCUAACAAACCAACCAACAAACAAAAAUCCACUCAAGAACCUGAACUUUACUAGAUGAACAGAAAAGGGCACUGUUAAGGUAGGAAUUUUAUAAAACACUCCAGCAUCAUUGAAUUGAACAAAAGGAAGGUCCAUAGAGAAAUUUUGGAGGAAAUCAGGAAAUGAAAAAACAUCACAAACAUCAAUAAAGGAAAUCUUCCCCUACAAAACAACCAAAAGAGAAGGGUAAGUUUACACUCUGAACAUAAUUAAGUACACCCAAACAAGCAUUUGAAGAUAUAAGAAAGCUCACUGAAUCAGAAGUGCAAAAUGGUCAGAAACAAGAAUAAAAAAGGAGUUGAUUGAACUCAAGAAAGAAAUGGAAGAAAAAGAUAAAAGAUCUCAGAAAUGAAGAAUAAAUUAAAAGUACCCAAGUAAAAACAGACUUUAAUGAAAAUUUAGUAAGGGACUUAAAGAAAGACAGAAAAAUAACCAGAGAAUGAAAAUGACAAAGAAAGAAGUAAAUCAGGUCCAAGAGAAAGUACUGGAAAUGAAAGUGUUUGUUUUUUAUCAGACUCCCGAAAGAAGAAAACAACAAUGGUACAGAGCUAAUAUUUAAAAUUGUAAUUUAAGAAAACUUUCUAGAAAUAGAAGACCUGAAUCCACACAUUGAGAGGGUUCACUGGGUACAUGGGAAAAUUAACCCAGAACAGUCAACUCUGACACAUAUCCUAGUAAAGCUAUUAGAUUUCAAAGAUAAAGACAAGAUCCUCAACACCUCUAGGCCAAAAGAUCAAAUUUUAAAAGGCAAAAUAUAUCUCCUCACUUACUGACAUGGUUAGAUUCCAAAGACCAGGUCGUUAUGGGAAAAUCAGCAUUAUGCAAAAAUGGAGGAUGACUACAUCAUCAUAUA